UACGUCGUCGUGCACCGUUCCUCUUUACGACAACAUGGAAGUCUUCUGAGUUGAGAGCAGAGUUCAGCCGGGAACCUCUCCGCUCGGACAGUCACGCGGCUUCACUUAAUCAUGAAGUCGGCGACUCGGUAACGGAGGUAUCGAUGAUGAUGAUGAUGACGAUGUGUCUUCAGAGGUUUGUUGGUGUUCGCUGUGUGGUGUCCGCGCGCUGUGCGCGUGUGUGGCGGCUCGAGUCAGCGUCAUGGCGGCACAGACACACACCUGUCACCGAGUGUCUGAGGUUCAAACGGUCACAGGUAAACGGCUCGUGGCUCUUGAAACUCAAAGGGACGAACAGUCGUGUCGCGUGCUGGAGUGGGGUCCUCCAGCGGGGGAAACCGACUGUGUGGCAUGAGCCAGGAACUGCGGCUUUGUACCGGGGAAAUCACCAGAGGUCGGCGGUCAGUCUGCGGUCUAUACUGUCCACCAAUGCUCGUGGUCUUUGCAGCGGAAAGAAGGAGACACCGGACAGCUCUCCGGAAGCAGACCGGCCUGCAGCCGGUGCAGUACGAGGACACGGACUGUUCAAAUUUAAAGAGCUGUAUGAGAACCCCUGGACCAUCCCCAACCUGCUGUGUGUGUGUCGUAUUAUGCUCGCUCCACUGCUGGGUCACCUGAUCAUCCAGCAGCACUUUCACCUCAGCCUGGCUCUGUUCACACUCGCUGGAGCCACUGACCUGUUGGACGGUUACAUUGCCAGAACGUGGCCAACUCAGAAGUCAGCACUGGGCAGUGCUCUUGACCCACUGGCUGACAAAAUCCUUGUCAGUAUUUUAUACAUCAGUCUCACCUACGCUGGACUUAUACCAGCUCCACUGACAGCUCUAGUGAUUUUUAGGGACAUUGGUUUGAUAGCGGCUGUCUUCUGGAUACGAUACAAGACCGUCCCUCCUCCGGUGACACUUGGUAAAUUUUUUAACCCCUGCUACACCACAGCACAGCUCAAGCCCACGCUUUUCAGCAAGAUGAACACAGCCGUCCAGCUUUUAUUAGUCGCAGCCUCUCUCGCUGCUCCAGUCUUCCAGUAUACCGACAGUGUAGCGCUGCAGUGCCUAUGGUAUGUGACGGCGGUGACGACAACAGCAUCAGGCUACAGUUACUGGCACUACGGCCGCAAGACUGUGCGGGAGCUGAACACCAGGUCACGGUGACAACCACACAAACACACGCAGGACACGCACACACACAGGAGAAACAGCGAAAAGACGUCGCACAGACACUGAGCAGCUGUGGUAAAUGUCGUACAGACGGUUGGGACGUUUUUUCUGGUGCGUUGAUGGUAUAUGUCACCGUGGCAAUGACGCACGUGGGCCAACCAAGGUCGUGCAGAUGUUUUACCUCAACACACAACCGCAGCUCUGCCACCGAGCAGCUGUGGUCAAGAGAUGCACGCAUAGAUAAACUCACACACACGUAUCAAAAUAUGUGUCUAGUCAUUUCGCAACACCUUCUAUUUUUUCUUAGUUUUUUUAACCAUGAGGUUAUGACGUCAUCCUUAUCCAUGUCACAUGAUUGUCGGUUUUGUAAAGCAAUGAUUUAUGAUUAAAAAAAAAAAGAAGAAAGAAAAUCUCCUCCUGGGUUUUUUUAAUGCGUGAGACCAUUUUAGCUGCUGUUUUUUCUGUUAUAUUAUAGAUAUUUAGGUAAAUGUCUCCUGCAGCCGAUGAGCCCUUGUUUGUUACGACAACGAUGUCAAGUCGUAAUUACUAGCACUGUUGUGGGCACUGUACGCCGUCUCCCUCCACUGUUGACGAGUAAUGUAAGCAGGAGAGAGAGCAAAUUACGUGAUGCCUGGGAAAUGCAAAUUCCAAGAUCUCUGGCUCACCAAAGAAAAUUACAAGGACUGACUUGCCCAACAUCCCAAGGACAAGCACUUGGCCAGAUGCAGAGCGUGCUGCAAAUCAACAAAAGUGGACGCCAUAGGCAAAGCGGCUCUUACCAGUUGCCCUCCCAUCUUAAGCUGUGUCGGCACAUUCAGUCCUUGAAUUUGAGGCAAUUGGUCCUAGAAGGUCCUUGAAAGGUCCUUGAAUUUGAUGUCAACAAUGAUGUGUGACCCUGUACAGAUGAUGAUGUGUUUGUCAUCAGCACAAAUGUGUGUUCGAUCAAAAGUGGAAAUAGUCGUUAGCUCAUGCCUCGUUAUUGAUUAAACUGUUACUGCUAAAUGUUUUGUAUAAUUGUCAGGAAAUGCAGUGGUCAGAAAUGUCAACCUCAGGUCUCCACCACGAUGUGACACUACUUCACUCAAACUCAAGACACUCAGGAUAAUGUAAGGAUGCUGCUCCUUGACAAAUGUGCACAGUCACUGUUUAUUUGCACACAACUUUAACACAAACACCCUUACACUCACACAUCAUAGAUAUGACAAACACAUUUGUUCACACACCAGUUUGCAAAUGAGGAAACACUUUAAUUGACCUUACUCUGAAUAAGAACUUUUAAUCAUCUCCUUUGCUAACAAAUUCACUAAUUGAUUGUCUUUUAUAUUCCUGUUCAUGUCCCACAUCUGCAUUUUGUCCAGCGCUGUAAGAACUCCUGCUGCACUUUACAGUAUGAAUAAGUUGUAUGUAUACAUGUGUAUAUGAUGCAACUAAAACUGAAAUGAGCUAA